CAAGCAGCUCCCUGCGAAGGAGCUAGGGUAAAUAAUCGUUGAGGUUGUCAGUAAGUUAGUUGGUUAUUUCGCUAUAAGUGUCAUUCAGGUCGCUUGAGGCAAGACCUUGAACGCGUUUUUUGCACAGAAUGUCGUGUCCAGUCAUUCACUCUGUAGCGGAGUUGAACCCCGCUGUGCUCCCACUGGACUGGCUCAUAGGAACCUGGGAGUCGGACGAGCUGGGUGAAGGUUCCUUUCCCUCUAUUGCACCUUUCCGAUACGCCGAGACGUUGCAUUUCUCCCAUGUGGGACAACCCGUGAUAAAUUUUAUGUUUAAUGCUUUUCAUGCUGAGAGCAAAAAACCACUGCACAGAGAGUGUGGUUUCAUCAGGAUUCAGCCAGGCACCAAUAAUGUGGCCUUCAUCAUUGCACAGAACUCGGGUCUAGUGGAGAUAGAGGAAGGAGAGCUGAUUGGGCAGCAGCUGACCCUGAACAGCCGUGCCUUGGCCAGAACCUCUUUUGCCAAGGAGCCCUAUGUUCAGCAGAUUUCUAGGUUUAUCCAGCUAAGACCAGAUGGGAGACUGGAGCAGACCAUGUCCAUGGCACUGGAGAACAAGCCUCUGACCCAGCAUCUGCACAUUACAUACCGUAGAGCUUCUUGAACACAGGAGAGCAUGGAACCAGAGUAGCAGAUGGUGAAAAACACCCUGCUCUUAGCGCUGAAGAAGAUACUGUGCACAGCACAGUAAUGACUAACUAGAUUUUAUGAAUGUUGAGGAUGGUGAACUGAAAAGUUACUUGUAACUGAAGCAACUGUUUUCUUCAAAUAUUAACCAUUAUAAUUCUAAGUUUGACUGGCUAUACAUCUGGGAGUAGGUAUUACAGAAUUAUACUAAAUUGUGUACAGUUUGAGUAAAAGGAGAUGGACCCUAAUCAGCAAGCAGUCAUUCUUUAGGCAUAAAGCAUAUCUUCAAAAUGUUACCUUAUGAAAUAACACUGAGUCUGUCCCGUCAGGAUUUAGGUGUGAAUGUUGGUAUGCAUGCAUAUGUGUUUAACAACACAGUUCUACAGAUAUAAAAAAAAAAAAUUGUGCCAUCUAGAUACUUAAAUGUAUUUCUCAUGCAUAACCUGUGCUUUCUAUAGAUCUAAUAGCUAUAGUUUUAAGGUUAUUCUCAGGUUUUAAAACAGUGACCAAAUCAUUUUUAGAAAGAACCAUUUCUUCCAAAUUUCUUUCGGAUUAUAUUGUGAAUAUACAUUGGUUGAAAAUUGGCCAUCUCUAUGAGGAAACCUAAAACAUGAUAACACUAAACAAUAUGACAAGUGUUCAAGUUUUAGAAACUAACAUACUUCUAAAUAAUCCGACUAAUAUGAGCGUACAGGGAUUGUUGGUUCAUCACUUCAUAAGUAAGACUACAUUAAAAUUGUAUGAGCUUGUACAAAUAGCAUUGGUUUUAGUUUUAGGUUAUUUAAGUGCAGUUUGUUGAAGGUUGUACAUACAUUUGUAGGGCCAGGUGUUUUUCAAUGUGUACCAUUAUGUGCAACUAUAUGCUGCGUGAACGGUCAUAUAAUGUAAACAAUAUGCUACUGAUAAUCCUUUUUUGUUUUUUUAAUUUUCAUGUUCUGUUUAAUCAGUAUAUGCUUAAUACUGAUAAAAUCUUUAUUUUAACAUA